CUAUUGGCUGGUUUGUCUCCUUCUUCGAUCCAUCCUUGAGAUCACUGAGCUUAACCAAAAUAGGAAGAAAGAGAAAAAGGGAUAACAAUGGCGACAAGCACAAAGCUGUUCACUCUCUGUUCUGGGUUAAUGGGUGCACUCUUUGCUUACUCUGCCUCUGUCCAGUUAAACGACCCUGAUUGGUACUUUUGGUUCCCUCUGUACACUGGUGCCUGUGCUGUAAAUCUGAUGAACGUGGCGGCAGCUAGCUCCAAUCCUGUUUCCAGAAGGAUUGCAGAAGUGACAUUGUGGGCGGCCCUAUUCCUGUUCUGCAAAGUUGUGGUGGAGGAUCUUGUUACUGGAACUGCUGGUUUAUGUUCUUUGGAUCUGAGGGAGAGAGUUGUGAGAGAGAAAAUUGGGAGUGGGAUGGUUUUUGUCUCCAUGGUUUUGCAUUUGAAGGCAUUUCCACUGCCUGAGGCCGAAGGAAAGAAGAAGGGGAAGGAACAUGGAAUUCCAAGACAUGUUGAAUAUGGAAUGUUGGGGUUGGUGGUUUUCAGCUUUGGACUCCCUUCUGUUUUCUUCAGAGUUAUGGGUGGUGGAGAAAUGAAGUUCGAGUGACAGAGAAGUAUGAAAUAUGAACGGAUCGUCAUGUUGUUCCAUCGAUCGACCAUGUCGCAAUGGUUGAUAUUCAGGCUCCUCCGUUCUGGAACUUGAUAGUAUAGUUUACCUUGUGAUAGAAUCAAUGAAACAACCCUUACACA